CGUUCUAAUGUUCGAACAUGGGCCAGAAAACCAAAUUGAAUUGAACGGAUCAAAAACUUAUUCCCAUGUGAUUGUCAUUUUAAACCCCCAUUGUCACUCUGCAAUAUAUAUAUAUAGAGUGACUGAUUAAUUGCAGUGACAGUGACGUCGACGAUCGCAUAAAAUAAGUUUUUGAUACCAUGAGGCUUUGGAGAAGGGCUUGCGGAGCCUUGAAGGACCGCAACAGCAUCAUAAUAGCCAGCCUCGGCCGCCGGACGUCGCUCCGGCACCCUGACAUCGAGGCGGCGGUGAUCAAGGCCACCAGCCACGACGACUCCGCGCUCGACUAUCGAAGCACCCAGAAAGUCGUGUCUUGGGUACGAUUGUCGCAGGCCUACCUCAAACCUUUGUUGUGGGCUAUAUGGAUGAGAAUGGAGAAAACUCGGAGUUGGGUCGUGGCCCUAAAAGGCUUGAUUCUCAUGCACGCCGUCUUCGCCUGCAAGGUCCCGGCGGCGCAGAAGAUCGGCCGGCUCCCCUUCGAUCUUUCUAACUUCCGUGACGGUCAUGGCAGCGCCGCCAAAACGUGGGGCUUCAAUGCCUUCAUUCGAGCCUACUACACGUUUCUCGAUCACAAAUCAACCUUCGUUAGCAUGGAUAUGCAUGAACAAAAAUCGAGAACGGAAGAGCAACCCAUCACGCAGGAUCUGGUUAGGAUUCAGAAACUGCAAGAGUUGCUUGAUUUGUUGCUCCAGAUCAAGCCCCAAACGGAGAAGAUAAUGACGGUGCUUGUUCUCGAAGCCAUGGACUGCGUCAUCCUCGAGGUCUACGACGUGUACAGCAAAGUCUGCAACGCCAUGGCCAAAGUUCUCGUCAAGAUUCAUUCAGCCGGGAAAAUUCAAGCCUCGUGGGCUCUGAAGCUCGUUCAGAAAGCAACCGUGCAGAGCGAGGAGCUCGCUCUGUACUUCGAGUAUUGCCGUGAGAUCGGAGUUUUAAGGGCGUCGGAGUGCCCCACCAUAAAACGGCUGCCGGAAGAAGGCAUCAGAGAGCUCGAGCGCAUCAUCAAUGGAGUUCCGGAUAGGAUUUGCAGUCGAAAGGAUGAUCAGGUUGUUCCAGAACAGGAGAAGGAACCGAUGGAAGAAGAGAAGGUUCUGAAAUGCGGAUUGCAGACGAUAAUCACGCAAGAAUGGGAACUGUUUGAUGAAGAUUUGGCAGAGUUGAAAGAAGAAAUUACAAGUCCUGGUUUGAGAAAAGAGAACCCUUUCGACUCGCCUUUGAUUCGACUUGAUGAUGAUCAGCCAUAUGGUAAUUGUCCUCGUGAUCUUCCAGAUUUAAUUAGUUUCCUGUAGUAGAUGGAUUUGGAUUUGGAUUUGCAUUUUGAUCAACUGCGCAUGAAUGGACAGAAAAGUGGGGAAAAUGAAAUAUCAAAGUGUUCUUUAAACUGUGGGUUUUGUUUUGAAAAACAAAACAUAUGAUAUGAUCAGAAGUAACUUCCAAAAAUAUUUUU